UGUCAGCUCCUGCACACUGCUUUGUAUGGCUCUGCAGAGCCAUACAAAGCAAUGUACUUACAGUGAAGCACACGCACAGCCCCCAUAGUGAAACAGCACACAGUUAACCCUUUGAUUGCCCCAGAUGUUAACCCUUUCAUGCCCAGUGCCGUUAGUACAGUGUCAGUGCUUUUUAUUAGCACUGAUCACUAUAUUGGUGGGGAUGUCAGUGACACCAAGUCAGUUCCUCCCAGUGUCAGAAUGCCAACUGCAGUCCUGCUAUAAGUCGCUGAUCGCUGCCAAUACUAGUAAAAAUGAAUAAAUGCCAGUAUAUAUACCGACAUUUGUAAAUGCUAUAACUUCAACGUAAACCAAUUAAUUUA